GCAUCUGUUCAAUGGUUGCAAAUUGGGAGUCGCGGGAAUUGAAGUAAAAACUUUUACAGAAUAGGAGACUUCAUUAUUGACAACGAUUGUUCGGAGUAUCACUAAGCGGACGUAUUAUUGUUAAAAUGACUACGGAAUCUGUCUCAAAGGGCUGCUUUGUUUUUAAGCCAAGCACGAAAAAGAAAAAGAUGACGUUUACAGCAGCUGAUUAUUUCGGGGAACAUGUGAAAGACUCCAAAGAUAGCAAAGUCCGGUUUGAAACCUAUCAGACCUUGUGGCAACAAAUGAAAUCGGAAGCAGAGAAAAUACAGGAAGACUUGAAUAGAAAGGUAUUUGACAGUUUGUUGGAGUUCAUAAGAAAAUCUCACUCAAAUUUGCUUGAGAAAAUGGAUGAAUGGAGACAUCGAAUGCGAGCCACUGAAAUCCCUGCAGCUGCUCUUGUGUUAGGUGUGAAUGUACCUGAUCAUGCUAUGACCUUUCAGAUUCUCUCAGAACAGUUACGGGAAUCAAUUACACCAUAUGUGGUCUCUCUGGAAGCCAAGGAAUGUCAAGGAGUAAAGCACAUUCUGCAGAAAGUGUUUGGACAGCUUUUGGGACACAGUAUCAGACUGGAAGCUGAUGAUGAAACAGACGUGCAGCCUCACCCUGCAGAGCUCCGUCAGAAGAAAAUGCUUUGUUCAUUGGCUUCUCUGGCUGAUUGGUACACUUCUGUUAAAAGGAAAACAGUGAGUGUUAUGCCAGGGAAGAAGAGGAGUUCACCAACAGCUGGGCACUUACAAACUCCUCCUGUAGUGAUCAUCUUCAAGGACCUGGAAAGUUUUCAUGCUAAAGUGCUGCAAGAUUUCAUAGUUAUUUGCAGUCAAUAUGUAAAUCAGCUGCCUUUUACACUCAUAUUUGGGAUUGCUACUUCUUCAAUGACCAUACACAAGACACUUCCUCAUUCUGUGUCUUCUCUGCUGUGUAUAGAAUUGUUCCAGUCAGUUUCUUGCACAGAACACCUGGCAGCAGUAAUUGACAAGCUGGUUUUAACACACAGCUUUCCUUUCCGACUUAAUGGGAAGAUGCUGCAAGUCCUGAUCACAGUUUUCCUCUACCACGAUUUCUCUGUUAGAAACUUCAUUAAAGGACUUCAGUUGUGUAUUGUGGAACACUUCUAUUCUCAGCCUCUGAGCAUCUUGUGCUGCAGUUUGGAUGAGGCUGAAAACAGGACAAAAAAUUUAACACAUGAGAAGUGCGAGAUGAUUAGACAGCUGCCAUCUUUUAUGAGGUAUGUAGAGAAUCAGGAGCCCGAAAAACAGGUGGAACUACUGACAAGUGAUACUUUUUUAAAGAAAGAAAUCAAAACGCUUCUUCGACAUCUUCAUAAUUACCAUGAGAAUUAUAUUCCAGUUCUGAGAUGUCUUCAUGCUUUAACUACUUCCCUUCCUAAGUUUCCACUGGGUAAGCAGAUCAGAGAGCUGCAUUCUGCAUGUUUGGAACGAAAUGUUUGGGAAUCUGAGGAAUACACAUCAGCUUUUCAGUUACUAAGGAUGAUGGCCAAGGAUGAGCUUGUAGCAGCUCUGCAGAAAUGCUGUGAUGUGCUGAAAACUUCAAGAGUCAAACAACAGGCAGAUACCUUAACAAAAGUGGAGGAGUUCAUUGACCAGCUUCAGAAACUUGACAAGAUUGUUGAAGAUGAGACAGUGGCACAGAAAAGCUUACAGAAGAAAACUGACCUCUACCAGCUUCAAAAGACUUUACUGGAGAUGAAAGAUUCACGAAAGUCUAAGAAGCUGAGUAAGUUUGAAACUCUCCGUCUAGAGGUUCUGGAUUUCAUAGACAGCAUUGUCAGGAUGCACCUCAAGCCUCCAGAAGUGAUGCCUCUCUAUGAAGUGGUGUAUUUCAGUGGUGCCAGUACUUUACGUAAGCAUCUGAAUGCUGCUCCUCGCAUAGCUCUUCACACAGCACUCAACAAUCCCUACUACUACUUAGAGAAUGAAGCGCUGAAGAGUGAAGCAGGCACCAUAUCAAAUUCUGCUCCUGACAUCUGCAUUGCCUACAAACUUCACCUGGAAUGUGGCAGAUUAAUUAACUUAUGUGACUGGCUGGAGGCUUUUGCUACAGUAGUUGCAGCUGCAAGUGGAGUGGAUCCGGAGUCCGAUCUGGUAGCUGGUCAGGUGGAUGAAACAAUCCAUGCUCGCUUUAUUAGAGCAGUUUCAGAACUGGAAUUCCUGGGGUUUGUGAAGCCAACUAAACAGAAAACUGAUCACGUAGCACGCCUGACAUGGGGUGGCUGUUGAAGAUGCAGACAUGUGACUAUUUCUGAAUGCAGAUUAUGAAAACAUGUUGCUAUAUGAUAAAGCUUAUCACACUGUAGUAAAUAUAUUUAUAUUUUGUAACAGUAUGCAAUAAAUUUAAUUUAUGACUUA